AUGCACUCCACCACCCCCAUCAGCUCGCUCUUCUCCUUCACCAGCCCCGCAGUGAAGCGACUGCUCGGCUGGAAGCAAGGAGAUGAAGAGGAAAAGUGGGCGGAGAAGGCGGUGGACUCUCUGGUGAAGAAGCUGAAGAAGAAGAAGGGCGCCAUGGACGAGCUGGAGAGGGCGCUCAGCUGCCCGGGGCAGCCCAGCAAGUGCGUCACGAUCCCCCGCUCCCUGGACGGGCGGCUGCAGGUGUCCCACCGCAAGGGGCUGCCCCACGUCAUUUACUGCCGCGUGUGGCGGUGGCCGGAUCUCCAGUCCCACCACGAGUUGAAGCCGCUGGAGUGCUGCGAGUUCCCCUUUGGCUCCAAGCAGAAGGAGGUGUGCAUCAACCCCUACCACUACCGCCGCGUGGAGACGCCAGUGCUGCCUCCUGUGCUCGUGCCAAGACACAGCGAAUAUAACCCCCAGCUCAGCCUCCUGGCCAAGUUCCGCAGCGCCUCCCUGCACAGCGAGCCACUCAUGCCACACAAUGCCACCUAUCCCGACUCCUUCCAGCAGCCCCCGUGCUCUGCGCUCCCUCCCUCGCCCAGCCACGCCUUCUCGCAGUCCCCGUGCACGGCCAGCUACGCCCACUCCCCGGGAAGUCCUCUGGAGCCAGAGAGUCCAUAUCAACACUCAGGUCACUCCCUUCUUGCUUUUCAGGGUUGGGGAGCUGAGUAUCAUCGCCAGGAUGUCACAAGCACCCCCUGCUGGAUUGAAAUUCAUCUUCACGGACCGCUGCAGUGGUUGGAUAAAGUUCUCACUCAGAUGGGCUCUCCUCAUAACCCGAUUUCUUCAGUAUCCUAACAGUCAUGUCUUAAGCGACAU